GGAAGUCGGGCACAAUACGGGUUAAGUCGUCAGUGGCCCUGAUAACCCCAACAAAGGAAGUUCACUCUUGCCAGCCAGCACUUGUUGCACUGUUUUUCAUCUUCAACAGAGAUGCAGUCUUUUUCAACCUGGAGAGAGUGACACAACGUGGAGGCUUUAUGUUCUAUGCUGCUUCUAGACUUUUGAACUUCAGGGCUGCCAGUUGUGGUUUCUUCAACAAUUUUUGUCUGACAGACCCAUCUGCUCGGGGAAGUUAGCCAGUGUUUAUUUUACACUCUAUUUUUAAAUUAAAUUUUUUUUAUUUGUAAAAUUAGUCAAAUUACAUUCUUAUAAUUGAAUGAUUAAUUUCUUAUGCUCAGUCAAUAGAGCAGUGGUUUCUUAUGCUCAAUCAAUAGAGCAGUAGGUAUACUAGUGGCUAGGAAUUGGGUCAACUUAAGCAUUGGAAUAUCUUAACCCUUAAAUGGUCCAAACGUAUAUAUACGUUUUUUCAACAUCUGAAAGUAUGUAAAAAAAUGUAGAUUUUUUUUUUGUUUUACAUUUGAAAAUGUGUAAAAAAAACUUUUAUCUACAUUUUUUUUGUUACAUUUGAAAAUAUGUAAACAAAAGUAGAUCUACUUUUGUAGCACUACGAAUUUGAACGCCAAUUUGUUUGGACCGUUUAAGGGUUAAAUUAGGAUGUAAAGUGGGCAAAAUUGCUGAUGCAUAUAAUUUUGAAUGAAUAAUUACUUAAGUUUUUAAUCAAAUGUUGACUUUGUGAUGUCAUAACUUCAGAAAAAGGUUAUUUACCAUUUGAAAAAAUUACGAUGCAGCACUUUUAAUUUUGGGAAUCACAGUAGUGAAAGUGUUAAGUGCCUAAAUGACUUUCCAGACAAAAAAUGAAAUGGAAGACAUGAGAGUUCCUUCAAGGAGACAAACAUAUCAGUGUUCAGAAUGUCUAAAAGACUUUACACAUAAAUCAUCCUUAAUACGGCAUAUGAAAGUUCAUACAGGAGAAAAACCAUAUCGAUGUUCUGACUGUCUAAAAAAAUUUUCAUAUAAAUCAAGUCUUAUACAACACAUGAGAGUUCAUUCACAAGAAAGACCGUAUCACUGUUCUGAUUGUUUAAAAGACUUUUCGUAUAGAUCAGCCCUAAUACAACACAAGUUAGUUCAUUCACAGGAAAAACCACAUAAGUGUUCUGAAUGUUUAAAAGACUUUAAACGGAGAUCACAUCUGAUAGAACACAUGAGUGUUCAUUCACAAGAAAAACCGUAUCAGUGUUUUGAAUGUUUAAAAGAUUUUUCAUUGAGAUCACAUCUAAUGCAACACAUGAGAGUUCAUUCACAAAAAAAACCAUAUCAGUGUUCUGAAUGUCUAAAAGACUUUAAACAUCGAUCAUCCCUAAUAGAACACACGAGAAUUCAUACACAAGAAAAACCAUAUCAGUGUUCUGAAUGUUUAAAAGACUUUUCACGAAGAGGAACCCUGAUACAACACAUGAGAACUCACACACAAGAAAAACCGUAUCAGUGCUCUGAAUGUCUAAAAGACUUUUCAGUGAGAUUAUAUCUAACACGACACAUGAGAGUUCAUUCUCGAGAAAAAUCAUUUCAAUGUUCUGAAUGUCUAAAAGAGUUUUCAGGGAGAUCAACCCUAAUGAAACACAUGAGAGUUCAUACACAAGAAAAACCGUAUCAGUGUUCUGAAUGUCUAAAAGACUUUUCAUUGAGAUCAUAUCUUACACGACACAUGAGAGUUCAUUCUCGAGAAAAAUCAUUUCAGUGUUCUGAAUGUCUAAAAAAAUUUACACUGAGAGCAUCCCUAAUAGACCACAUGAGAGUUCAUACACAAGAAAAACCACAUCAGUGUUCUGAAUGCUUAAAAGACUUUUCGCUGAGAUCAAAUCUAAUGCGACACAUGAGAGUUCAUUCACAAGAAAAACCAUAUCAGUGUUCUGAAUGUCUAAAAGGCUUUCCACUGAGAUCAUAUCUAUUACUACACAUGAGAGUUCAUACACAAGAAAAACCAUAUCAGUGUUCUGAAUGCUUAAAAGACUUUUCGCUGAGAUCAUAUCUAACACAACACAUGAGAGUUCAUUCACAAGAAAAACCAUAUCAGUGUUCUGAAUGCUUAAAAGACUUUUCACGGAGAUCACAUCUAACUCGACAUAUGAGACUUCACUUAUAGGAAAAAAGCAUAAAAGUGCUCACAAUGUGUAAAAGAUUUUUCUCAAAAAUCAAAUCUACUACUAAUGAGGCCUGGUCACAGACCAGGCCGCAGGGGCGUUGACCCCCGGAACUCUCUCCAGGUAAACUACAAUACAUUAGAGUAUAAAUCAUCCGGUCCUGAUGAGCUUUUUUCUAGGGUUCUUAAGGAAUGCAAAAUGGAACUCUGUGAACCUUUAACUAAUAUUUUUAAUUUAUCUCUUCAAACAGGUGCAGUGUCUGAUAUGUGGAAGAUGGCUAAUGUAAUUCCUAUUUUUAAAACAGUGGACAAGUCGUUACCAUCAAAUUACCGCCCAAUAAGCCUAACCUCAAUGGUAGGCAAAUUACUAGAGUUAGUUAUAGCUGAUAAUAUGAGAAGCCAUCUCAUUAGGCAUAAUUUAAUUAAUGAUACUUAACAUGGAUUCACCAGGGGCUGUUCCUGCCUAACAAAUUUAUUAAGUAAGGCUUUUGAGGCCAUUGAUCAUGAUAAAGAAUUCGAUGUUGUUUAUUUAGAUUUUAGUAAGGUUUUUGAUAGAGUAUGACAUCAGAGACUAUUAAAAUGGCUGCUCAUGGCAUUGAGGGAAAAUUGCUCUCAUUGAUCGAAUCAUGGCUCACCAAUAGGAAGCACUACCACCAUAAAUGGGGUUAAAUCUGAGUGGGGAUCUGUAACAAGUGGCAUUCCGCAGAGAUCGGUUUUAGGCCCAUUGUUGUUUAUAAUAUAUAUAAAUGACCUUGACGAGGGAAUUACUAGUGAUACAAGUAAAUUCACUGAUGACGUGAAGAUAGGUAGAAUAAUCAAUUCAGACGCUGACGUCUUGAAACUUCAGGAGGAUUUAGACAAACUCAAUUCAUGGUCAGAAAAGUGGAAGAUGCAUUUCAAUGUAGGUAAAUGUAAAGAUCUAAAGCUCUGAAAUAUUCAUAGCCCUAGCACCUACCAGCUUAAUAAUGUUGAACUUAGCUGUACAAAAUGCAGAAAGGAUUUGGGGGGUUAGGGCAAACAGCAUCCUUAAAGCAAGACAGCAGUGCCUAAGCAUAUAUAAUAAGGCAAAUACAUUACUGGGAUUUAUAUCAAGAAGUGUAAGCAACAGAAGUCCAGUGGUUAUACUACAGCUUUAUACAUCAUUAGUAAGGCCUCACCUAGAUUAUGCAGCUCGGUUCUGGUCUCCACUUACAUAAUGGAUAUAAAUUCGUUAGAAAACAUUCAUUGACGAAUGACAAAAUUAAUUCAUUGCAUUAGAAAUCUUCCGUAUGAAGAAAGAUUGAAGACCCUUAAAUUACAUUCACUUGUAAGAUGAAAAAUGAGGGAGACAUGAUCGAAGUGUGUAAGUGGAAGAUGAGCAUUAAUAAAGGGGAUAUAAAUAAGGUCAUGAGGAUCUCUCUCCAAGAGAGAACCUGCAAUAAUGGAUUCAAAUUAGACAAGUUUGGAUUUAGAAAGGAUAUAGGAAAGUAUCAGAUUAGAGGGAGAGAGUAUGGAGGAGGUGAAUGUAUUCAGAUAUUUAGGAGUGGACGUGUUAGCAGAUGAGUCUAUGAAGGAUGAGGUGAAUCAUAGAAUUCAUGAGUGGGGAAAAGAUGAGUGGUGCACUUAGUAGUCUACGGAGACGAAGAACUUUGUCCAUGGAAGCAAAGAGGGGAAUGUAUGAGAGUAUAGUUAUACCAACACUUUUAUAUGGUGUGAAGCAUGGGUGAUGAAUGUUGCAACGAGAAGAAGGCUGGAGGCACUGGAGAUGUCAUGUCUGAAGGCAAUGUGUGGUGUGAGUAUAAUGCAGAGAAUUCAUAGUUUGGAAAUUAGGAGGAGGUGUGGGAUUACCAAAACUAUUAUUCAGAGGGCCGAGGAGGGGUUGUUGAGGUGGUUCAGACAUGUAGAGAGAAUGGAACAAAUCAGAUUGACUUCAAGAGUGUAUAAAUCUGUAGUGGAGGGAAGGCGGGGUAGGGGUCAGCCUAGGAAAGGUUGGAGGGAGGAGGUAAAGGUUUUAUGUGCUAGGGGCUUGGACUUACAGCAUGUGUGAGCGUAUUUGAUAGGUGUGAAUGGAGACAAAUGGUUUUUAAUACUUGAUGUGCUGUUGGAGCAUGAGCAAAGUAACAUUUUUGAAGGGAUUCAGGGAAACCAGCUGGCCGGACUUGAGUCCUGGAGAUGGAAGUACAGUGUGUGCACUCUAAAGGAGGGGUAUUAAUGUUGCAGUUUUAUAAACUGUAGCCCUCUUCAUGGGGGGCUCCUUGGCAUGGUGAAGAGGCUCUUGGUCUGAGGAAUUAGACCUGUUGGUCUCCUUCCUUAGACUGAACCUAAUUACCCCCCAAUCCCCCUUUCCCUAUCCCAUCCUCCCCAUCCUCCCUUUUUUUUUUUUCUUUCCUCCUCCUCCUUCCCACCCCUUCCUUUUGCCCUUCCUCUUUUUGACCUUUGGGAUUUUUCCCACAGGCGCGCUAGUUCCUAGGGAGGGGAAAGGGUACCGGGGUCGAUCCCAUUCCAUUGAGGUUCUUGGCGGUGGCGUAGUUUGCUGUGGAAUCUGGAUCGCCUGAGGAUGUCCCAAUCCCUCUCCGGUAUCCCGGAGGGUGGCUUUGGGUGUCUUUCAGGCGACGGGUGUAUCUCUGGAAGCCACCUUUUGGAUUCCGGGGGUGGUGGCCGAAGGAGGUAUACUUUGUGGCGGAUAUCCGGCAGCCCUCUCUUUUGUCCACCGAGGUAGCGCGGCAGAUGUGAGGUUGCUAUCCCGGAUUGCUGGUUUACUGGCAUGAAGGGUAGGGUAUGGCAUGGGUUCCAUGCUGCAUCUGCGCUACUUGCGGUGCUGAGGUCCUCUUGGGCGCAGAAGGAGAUUUCUGGCCGUUUCAUUUCUCCUAGGAACUAUCCCUCCCUGGUCCCCCCUUUUUUUAUUCUUUUUUUUUUAUUUUUAUUUUCUUUUCUUCUUUCCUUUUUUAAAAAAAAAAACAAAAAGAAAGAAGUAACCUAACUAUGGAGUACCCGAUGCAUGACCCAGCUACCCCCGGGCUCCUUAUUGUUACCGCACCCCGUUUUGACCUCGUCUCAUCUUUUGGCCACUCUUUGGACACUCCUAAGGCCCUUGUACCUCUUGCUGGUGCUGUUUCGUCACCCGCUUCAGGUGCUGGGGUUUCGACUGACUCCUUUGAUUUGUCUGACCUCCGCUCUCCUUUGACUAUGCUUCCAGCUUCUCCCUCUACGGUGCGGCGAUUUUUGAAUCGCCAGCCCAUCCCAUGUCGGACCGACUCUGGUCCCCCUUCUAAAUGCCAACGACAAUCUCCUGAUGAUGUUACUUCGUUACCUUCCCAUUCUACUCAGAAAAGACCGACACAUCAUGCGCUCCCUCUCCACACUCAGUUUAGGACCACACAAUGGACUAAAUUCUUUACUUUAAGACCGACUUCUUCUACUGCCUAUCUUUCCGACCAUAUCUCUACCAAAAUAUCUCUACUAACGCCACGUUGGUAGAGAUAUUUCCUUUCAUGAUCUUAAGAGUGGUACGCGCAUCAUCACAGUCCAGAAUUCUACCCAAGCUCAUGAUUUUUCUCUUUCACAUAUCGAUACUUUUCUUAUCACUAUCGAAAAACAUCAUUCCCUUAAUUCUAGUAGUGGUACUGUUAUUCUGCCCCAUACCAUAGUCCAACAGAAUUUCCAGACAUGUGGCAAUGACAUUCUCGAACAGCUGGAACUCCAAGAUCUCCCAAUUCUCAAGGUAGACACUUAUGUUCUUCCUGCCCGUGAGCGAAGACGUUACCCUUGCAAUGUGGCUCGUUUAACUUUUGACAGCCGUGAACUCCCAUUCUCUGUUUAUGUAGCAGGACAUCGGUUACAAGUUCGGAAGGUGAUCCCUAUGCCGCAACAGUGUAGGAAUUGCUGGCGAUUUGGCUACCCAGCAAAAUAUUGCAGAUCUAUAGCCGAAUGCCCAGUCUGUGGUGCCGAUGACCAUUCUAAUACGUCUUACAGUCGACCUCCCUCUUGCCUUAAUUGUCAUGAGGCUCACCCUUCGUACUCUCGCCAUUGCCAGGUCUACUUAAAUGAGCGGGAAAUUCGUUGCCUCAAAGAGGCAGAAGGUCUCCCUUAUGCUAUGGCAGUUUCUCAUCUCCGCCUCCAAGGGAGACUACCCCGUGUUUCUUAUUCUCGUGUUUCAAAACGUCCCCCUACUUCUGCGGUCCCAUCUUCUGCAGCCUCCUCUGCGGUUGCCAGUCCCAUAGUCACUCCUGUAUCUAAUUCUUUUGCUCUCCUGGGCUCAGAUGUCUCUACUUCAACACCUCAGUCUGUCCUCACUUCUUCAUGUUCUCCCUCACAAACCUCGGUAUCGACAAGACCUCGUACUACACCUCCUCCCAGUCAUCCCUCUACUUCUCAGAGGUCCAACAAAUCUCCUUUAACCCCUCCUUCCCUUCAUCCACCUCCACAUUUUACCUUCUCGGUCUCUGUACCUGGGUCUUCCCCUUUCACUGGCUCCAUUACAAGUUUUGAGGUUCAUCCUCCUAUGCGUACUGUGCCUUCCUCCCCUGUCCCCUUUGCCACCGCAUGUGGACUUUUCUAACCCCUUUAGUCUGCAGGUACCCUUAGCUGCGGACUUCAGGUAUCUUUAUCGUUGCCAAUCAUGGCCUAUUUACAGUGGAAUAUACACGGCCUCAGGGGUAAUUGGGGUGAGGUUCAGAUGUUGCUCUCCCAGUUUUACCCUGUUGGUGUUUGCUUAGAGGAACCAAAAUUACACUCUGCUGUUGUCUAUCCCAUCUCAGGCUAUAAUUUAUUGUAUUCUUCAGAUCCUUUUCCUGAUGGGACCUUUAAUGAAAGUGCCCUUCUUCUACGCACUGAUAUUCCGUACCAUCAGCUAUUUGUUCGUACUUCGCUGCAUUACACAGCAGCCUGUAUCCACUUGCAUAGGUGGUAUACACUCUGUUCUUUGUAUCACUCUCCUUCUCGGGCAUUAUCUAUCCCGGAUAUUGCCUUUUUAGUUUCGUCAUUACCGCCACCACUUCUGUUACUUGGCGAUUUUAAAUCCAUCAUUUCCUCUGGUGGGGGUCUCACUGUGAUUCCCGUGGCAUUCAGUUAGAGGCUUUUCUUGCUACCCACCCCCUCCAUGUUUUAACCCUUAAAUGGUCCAAACAGAUUGAUGUUCAGAUUCAUAGUGCUACAAAAGUAGAUCUACUUUUUUUUUUACAUAUUUUCAAAUAUAACAAAAAAAUAAUGUAGAUAAAAGUUUUUUUUACAGGUUUUUAAAUGUAAAACAAAAAAGAAGAUCUACAUUUUUUUACAUACUUUCAGAUGUUGAAAAAACGUAUAUAUACAUUUGGACCAUUUAAGGGUUAAAUACAGGUACUCGCACCCAUUUUGAUCCUCGGACUCAUACUCUCUCUUGCAUCGAUCUCUCAGUCUGCUCUUCCUCCGCUGCAUUAGACUUCACCUGGUCUGUUCUCCCCGAUUUACAUGACAGCGAUCAUUUCCCAAUCAUUCUUACUUACCCUUCAUAUUCACCACCUCGUAACCCAUGCUGGCAAUUUGAUCAGGCAAAUUGGAACCUUUACUCACAACUGUUUUUAGUGAGGUUCCUUCUUCGUCCUCCAUUGAUGAGCUUUUACACCUCUUCUCGUCCUCCGUUUUAACUGCAGCUUCUCAUUCUGUACCCCAAACCUCGGGCAGGCAUUCUCAGAAAUGCGUGCCUUGGUGGUCUCCUGCUUGUGCUCGUGCAGUACAUUUGAAACGUGCUGCGUGGGGCAGGUACCGGUACAGUAGAACCACAGAGAGACUUCUUGAUUUUAAGCAGAAGCGUGAUUGCUCGCCGUGUCAUCUGUGACACUAAACGCACUUGCUGGCGAGACUAUGUCUCCACCAUCACCUCUGCUUCCUCUAUGAGUGCAGUCUGGAAAAAAGUACAAAAACUGAGUGGCAAAUAUUCUCCUGACCCAGUUCUUGUUCUGCGGGUUGCCGGUGUUGAUACAGCAAACCCACUAGAUGUUGCCAAUGAAAUUGGCAAUCAUCUGGUCCGUAUUUCUCAGGGGCUCCAUCUAUGCCCCUCGUUUCUUUCCUCAAAGUCUGCCAGAGAAUUAGCACCCUUGGACUUUUCUUCUCUCAGAGAAGAACAGUAUAAUGUGCCUUUUACACUUCAGGAACUGGAGGCAACACUCUCAGUUUGCCGAUCAUCGGUAGCUGGGCCCGACGACAUUCAUAUUUGUAUGCUGCAAUGUUUACAUCAGCCAGCCUUUGCAGUCCUAUUACACCUUUUCAAUCUUAUUUGGUCACAAGGAGUUCUUCCACAGCUGUGGUAAUCUGCCAUUGUUCUCCCUUUCUGCAAACCGGGUACUACUGGACAUGAAACCUCCCACUAUCAUCCCAUUGCUCUUACCGGUGCAGUUUGGCAAAGUGAUGGAACGCCUGGUAAAUAGACGUUUAGUGUGGUAUUUAAAGACACACAACAGUCUCUCCACUCGUCAGUAUGGCUUUCGUAAGGGCCGUUCUACCAUAGACCCCUUACUAUGCUUGGAUACGUAUGUUCGUAAUGCUUUUGCGAAUAACCUCUCAGUUAUUGCCAUAUUUUUUGACCUUGAGAAGGCAUAUGACAGAACAUGGAGGUAUAAUAUUUUGGCCCAAGCCCACUCCUUAGGCCUCCAAGGCAAUCUACCAUCCUUCCUUAAGAACUUUUUAACUGGCAGACAUUUCCGUGUUCGGGUUAAUAAUGUGCUCUCCCCGGACUUUAUCCAAGCUGAAGGUGUCCCCCAGGGACACCUUCAACACUUUUUCUCCUUGCUAUAAAUGAUUUGGCCUCUAGUCUUCCAUCCAGUAUUUGGUCAUCACUCUGUGUAGAUGACUUUGCUAUUGCCUGUGCAGGCGAUGACUGUCACCUCAUUACAGUUUCUCUCCAGCAUGUGGUUGACUGUGUUUCCAAUUGGGCCACCACACAUGGGUUUAAAUUUUUCAGUACCAAAACUCACCAAAUUACUUUCACUAGACGCUCUGUCAUCUCCGAUCAUCCUUUGUACCUCUGUGGCUCCCGUAUCCCUGAACGUGAUACAGUCAGGUUUCUAGGCCUCCUCUUUGACCGUAGGUUAUCCUGGAAACCUCCCAUUACCUCUCUGAAGGCAAUUUGUCACAGCCGGCUGAACCUUCUUGAAACCCUUGCUCAUCUUUCAUGGGGAGCUGAUCGUCGAACUCUCCUUCGCCUACAUUCCACCCUCAUUUUAUCGAAACUUGAUUAUGGUGACCAGAUCUAUUCAGCUGCCUCUCCUUCUACCCUCUCUAGCCUUAACCCCAUUCAUCAUCAAGGCUAACGUUUAUGCCUUGGUGCUUUUCGCUCUUCCCCUGUUGAGAGCCUCUAUGCAGAAACGAACGUUUCAUCCUUAUCCGAGCGCCGUGAUGCCCAUUGCCUUAGCUACUAUGUACGCUCUCAUGAUCUUUGCAAUCCUUCCAUUUAUAGAAUGGUCACCAAUAUUAGUAGACCUUCUUUAUUUGUUCACCACCCCUGUUUGCUCCGUCCCUUCUCUCUUCGCCUACAUUCGCUCUUGUCUUCUCUUCAAUUACCACCUUUCUAUGUUCAUGUAGCAUCUCACUUUUCCCUACCCCUCUGGGAAGUUCCAGCUGUUCGAGUCUGUUCCUUCUCACUCCCUUGCUCGAAAGCCCAAUUGUCUAUGGUAGCUUCCCGCUCUCUUUUUCUUGACCACUUCCACUCUCAUUCUCAUGCCAUUGCAGUGUACACAGAUGGCUCUAAGUCUUCUGACGGCAUAGGAUUCGCAGCAGUGUUUCCGAUCAGCUUCAUACGAGGGCAUUUACUAUCUUUUGCAGCACUUAUCCGUAUUGCAUCUAUGCCUGUGUCAUCAUUUGUGGUUGUCUCAGACUCCCUUAGUGCUUUACAGGCUAUACAGAAAUUUGAUACACCUCACCCCUUAGUCCUCCGUAUCCAACUUUGGCUACGCUGCAUCUUUACCAAGCAUAAAGAUAUUGUUUUUUGUUGGGUCCCUGGUCAUGUUGACGUACAGGGCAAUGAACAGGCAGACACUGCUGCGCGGUCAGCAGUACAUGACCUACUAGUUUCAUAUAGAGGUGUUCCAUUUAAGGACUAUUUUGCUGCAAUAGCUACCCACCUUCACACCCGUUGGCAACAAUGUUGGUCUACUCUGCUCAGUAACAAACUUCAAUCUAUUAAACCGAGUAUAGGUUACUGGCCGUCUUCUUGUCACCAGUGUCGAGGUUGGGAGACUACUCUCUCCCAUUUUUGCAUUGGCCAUACUCGUCUUACUCAUGGAUAUCUCAUGGAGAUGCGCCCUGCUCCUUUCUGUAAGAAUUGUCAGGUUCCAUUAUCAGUCAGCCACAUUCUAUUGGACUGCCCACUUUAUCAGCGAGCACGCAGAAUAUACCUCCAACGUCGUCUUCGCUCCGCUGCUCUCUCUUUACCUUCCCUUCUCGCUGAUGGACCCACCUUUCUUCCAGACUCUCUCAUUGACUUUUUGACAACAACUGACUUACUUCACAAACUCUGAUGAUACCUUCAGCCCUUUCUACCUCAAUCUCUUGCUGCCCUCUACCCCUGCACUAUCCCCUGCCCCUCUGUUUUCUGUAACCUACUGAUCAUCCCUCCCCCCUUCUGUCAUCCAAUACCCUCGCUUCCUUCCCUACCCUGCAGCGCUGUAUAGCCCUUGUGGCUUAGCGCUUCUUUUUUAUUAUAAUAAUAAUAAUAAUAAUAAUAAUGAUAAUAAACUGUAGUGUAAAGCACCCCUCUGGCAAGACAGUGAUGGAGUGAAUGAUGAAAGUUUUUCUUUUUCUGGUCACCCUGCCUUGGUGGGAAUUUGCCGAUGUAUUAAUAAAAUAAAUAGGAAAGUAUUGGUUCAGAUAUAGGGUAGGUGAUGUGUGGAACAGUCUGCCUAGUAGGGUUAUUGAGGCAAAAACCUUCAGUAGUUUCAAAUUUAGGUUGGAUAAAAACAUGAGUGAGAGGGGUUGGAUUUGAAUGGGACUUGCACGUGAGUUAAUAGAAUUAUCAAAGCUUAUUGCUUGGGUAGAAUUGAAAAUUGGGUUGGGCAAAUAUUCUGUUAGUGGGAUGUAUUGUGAAGGACCUUUCUAGUAUGGGGCAACAGGUGUGCUGUAGUGUUCCUCCUUUCUUAUGUUCUUAAUUCCUUUUAAGGAGGGUUGCCUUGACGCUAGUAAUGGGCUCGUAAUCCAAGGAAUUAGAGUUACCUCUCACCUUCCUUGGAUAUGAUAUAAUUACCCUCCUCCCCUCUUCCUAUAAAUAUAAUGAUAAUCAUGAGGGAAACUAUGAGUUCCUAUGAGUUGUUACUUUUUUUUUUUUUUUUUUUUUUUUGAUCAGAGGAGAAUGACUCCCAUUUCCUAGACUCUUCAUGAUGCUUACAGGUUUAGUGUUUCCCUUCAAUAAAAUAAAUCUGGAUUCUUGGCUUAAUGUUUGAUCGGACAAGCUGCUGUUGUUUUCACCUGGAAACUAAUAUAUUAUCCACAAAUCAUUUUAUGUAGGUUUUCAGCAACUUAAGUUUCCUUUUGUAAACAAUAGUAUUGACAGAUUAUUUUACAAACUCAAGUGAUGAUGUACUUGGUGUGUUUUAAGCCUAGAAAGUUGACUGUUUCCACCAGCACUUUUCUGUUGUAGCAGUAACUAUAUAAGUUUGUUCUUGUAGAAUAUGUUAUUGUCAAUUUCUUUAUGUUAAGUUGAUGUACUUGGAUUACUUAAUACUUAAAAAGUUGGCAUUUUGAACCCAUACAUUUCAGCAGUGGAAUUGCACUUCAUCUAACUUAACUACAUUUUUGUAUGUAUUUAUAAAAAUGUAGAAUUAUGUCUUAAAAAUUGUUGUGUAAAUUAGAGCGUUUCAUUUUUUAACUGACCUUUAUAGCAUAUAUAUUGCUAUUUUAACACAGCCAUCUCCUACCAAGGUAGGGUGAUCCAAAAAAGAAGAAAUUCUUUCGCCAUCACUUGUUCCAUCUGUUGAGAAGGGUUCGUGGAGAUUUGAUGGUUGGUGUAAAACACACUUGUUGGAACUGAGGACGAGGAUGAGCACGCAGCGCUCACAACAGCAUCACGUGACGUCAAACAUGCUAGUCACCGAGCCUAGCAAGGGGUCAUGUAUGUAAACAUAUGGAUGGUACUAACUAUGAUACUCAGAUAACAUAUACAUAUAUGGGAUCAGCAACUAUGCUGACAGCUCGGUCAUGUUACAUAUGUCGUCUCGACAUACGUAUGCUAUGGGCUGAACAGGCAGGUGGGUCUGGGCUGAUUCUAUACAAUGGCAAGGACAUAUGUAACUUAGAACUAAUGGUUGGUAUCGUAAUGGAUGUUAACGUAAUGGGUGUUAACAUAAUGCAUUAUGAAUUAUAAGGACAAAUCAUGGUAUAAUAAGGGAUGGAGUUGAUCGAUCAAUCUGUAUUCAUGCACUCUACGGAUUCUGAGGAAGAAUAAAUAUAUAUUUUCAAAGGUGAAAGUAAUUAACAGCAAAGGCAGAUCUGGCGUGCACAGAUCAUUACUGCUAAAUUCUCAGAAUUCGGAGGGAAUGUGAACACAAAAAUUUUUUUCUCAAAAACUGAUCAGCUAGUAACAAAACACACAGUUGACAACUUCAUUCAUCUUGAACAUCUAAUUAUACAGACUAUGUACAUUUAAACUCAACUCUGCAAGGGUAAGAUUUACAUAUGCAGAAUGGUUAUCCUCUUUGGGAGGAUCAAAUUCUUCUGCAAUGGCUAACACAUGCCUUGGCUGAGGGCGAUAUGAACAAGUAUCUACAAAAGAUGCAGCUACAUUCACUAGUGACUGGAAUUACUAACUGGUAUACUCUUCUGCUUGGAGUACCCAACUCGGCUGUUCGAUACAGUAAUUCUUGGCUCAUUACAAAGUCACUAAUGGUUGCUGGUGACUAGACAGUCAGAAUAAGAUCUUCCUGGAGCAGGAAUCGAAUCACACAAGACCACAUGGGAUCGGUUCUUUCUUACUGGAGGAAUGAACAAACUCGGUGGAGUGGAUGACUCUCCCCGGUAGAAAAAGUAACGCUACAACACGCAGUAUGAGCAAGGGAGAACGGAUCUACUAUCUCUCACUGCAAGCACAGGGGAAAAGAAAUGAACACGGUUGCACACAGUGACAUGAGGUAUCAACUAUAAAGAGACUGCACUUACACUGUCUGGAACAUAAGGAACAGCAACAACACUCAAGUGAGUACACUAGCCACAAAAACGUCUUUCUGCAACGGCUUGCGACAUCAGCAAGAGAUGACAUAACUCAUUAUAAGUAAUGUUCUUCACAAAGCAUCCCCUGGAAGGAAUGACUACUUGAACAAGUCGCCAUCGCAUGGAUAGUAGUCUCAGCACCCAGGGUCAUCUGAGAUUCCUCUGAAACCCAAGGUAACUGUACACCAUCCUGUGUGUAUGAGACGGAAAAAAAAAAAUAGAAAAGCUAGAUACAGCGAUUGAUAAACAAGGGUUGAGGUCGACCGUUCAUCAUUGUAGGAGUUGCCAGCAGUCACCGGUUUCUUCAACACGCAAGUUAUACUUUUGUAUCAAUCAAAUCACAUAUUACUCGGGUAGAUAAUUUCCAGUAGAUCCUUCAUGUGUUAGCUCAAAUCACCGACCAGUAUGUUUUAAAUAAGUGACCCACUGAUCACAUCAGAUCGACUGGUCCGAACCCUUGACUGGUCCGAACCCUUGACUGGUCCGAACCCUUGACUGGUUUCAAACGGUUUCGUUGGACAAUAAAGCAGACUGUAACCGGAUGGGGUUGUAGGCGCCCUUAUAAACACAAACAUUAAAUAUAAAUCAGGAACGUGCACGGUAAGCUGUCCAAUAUACAAAAACAGUUAGAAACAGAAAUACAAAUAGCUAGAGCUUCAUUUAAGGAGGUUAUUAAUAGAAUAUUCAAGAGGUUGCUAGUAGAAUUGCAGUAAAUCAACCAUUCAAAUCAUUAUGAAGCUGUGUGUAGUCUGUGGUCAGUCAAACAAACGGGCUUCCACAUGGGUAAAUUGUCAUUUUCGUGGAAAUUGGUGUCACGCCCCUUGUGCAGAUAUCCAAGAACUAGCUACAAGCAGUGUUAAAACAGGGAAGUGUUUUUGGGUAUGCCCAAAUGAGAUAAAUCUGUGGACUAAAAUCACAAGGGUAUUAAAAGAGGACAACAUCAAAGCUGCUUUCAUAGAAAACCUGGAAGCUUUCUACAACAGAUGGGAACAUAAAAAGUCUUGGCUGAAUGGUACUGCCCUUGAUACUGGCCAUGUAGUCAGAAACUGUAAGGCUGGAGAUGAAGUCCUGGUAGUCAGUAAAUGUGGGGCUGAUAGUGCUGUCCUGGGAGACAGUAAUGGUGAAGCUGGAGGUGCUGUCCUGGGAGACAGUAAUGGUGAAGCUGGAGGUGCUGUCCUGGGAGACAGUAAUGGUGAAGCUGGAGAUGCUGUCCUGGGAGACAGAAAUGGUGAAGCUGGAGAUUUUGUCCAGGUAGUCAGGAAUUAUACGCAGGAAGGAAUACAUAUAAAUGACCUCAUAGGGGACAGGAGCCAUAGUAGGGAAACAAGUGUAGUCAAAGAUAAGAUAAAACCAAUAUUGCAAACUAGAAAUACCGCAGGAAAUAGCAAACAAGAGGACUCCACUAGCAAUAGUGAGGAUAUAUUACCAAAAACAACUGGUGGGAGCUCCAUUGUUGGUGCUAGGGAGGAUAGAAGUAAGACAGGGAAACAUGCACCAACAGGGAAUACAGUCACAGAAACCCCAAGGCAAACGGAAACCAAGCCUGUGCACAUACUAUGCACUUGGUAUCUGCUGGCAUGGGAAAUCUGGAAAAACAGAUGGGACGUGCAGCUAUGACCACCCUAGAAAAUGCCAUGCCCAUAUGACAACAGGAAAAUGCAAACUCCCUUCCUGUAAGCUUUUUCACCCUGAACUGUGUACCUCUUCAGUACAGGAAAGACUGUGCUAUAACUUAAAUUGCCAGGCAUACCAUCUAAAGGGGACAAAAAGAUACAAAACAUCCAGGCCAUGGGAAAACCUGGGUAGCCACAGCCACUCAAGAGGGAGAGGUUUUUUAGUGCCAGGAAGGAAAAAAAACUGGCGGGAAAUGGCAGAAAUCGUACACCAAAUCCAGUCAUUCCUGGAGCAGAACCACAGUCGAUUGCCUCCACUCCAAACCAACAGAUACAGAUAC